UCAGAGCCUGGGGGUUGUCUGCUUCUAGGUCUGCUCCCAUUUUACAUCGCAUUUCCUCACUAGAUGGUGUGCAAGCCACUGGAGAGUACACUUCCCCGCACAGUGAGCUCUACGUUCAGCCAAACAAACCUUGGGAAACUAUACAGCGGAUCAUUUAUUUACGGGGCUCCGCAAAAGUGUGGAAAUAAGACGUCGUUCGCGUUAAGGUUUCCCCCCUUUUUUAAAGCUAACUCCAUCCGCUUGUUUUUGUUUUUUUCUUUUUGUUUUAUUUUUAACAAGAAGACUUGGGAAAAGCGACAACAAUAUAUAGCUGUGAUGGACAUAAUGACUGCGGUGCAGGAUGCUUGUGUCUCUGGUCAGUGGCUUACUGCGAUAAUUCUCAGCCUGUGCUGCUUUCUGCCGUCCUGCUUGCCCGCUGGACAAACUGUGGACUAUUCCUCGGUUGAAAGUGUGGUCAGCAGACAAGGCGACACGGCACUACUGAGGUGCUACCUGUUGGAUGGGAUCUCUAAAGGAGCCUGGCUGAACCGCUCAAGCAUCAUAUUUGCAGGGAAUGACAAGUGGUCCGUGGACCCACGUGUGUCCAUAGUGUCGAGUGUUGGUGACAAACAUGAGUACAGCCUUCAGAUACAGAAAGUGGAUGUAACUGAUGACGGCCUAUACACAUGCUCAAUUCAGAGCGAGCGUAACCCACGGCCAAAACUCCUCAACCUUAUUGUAAAAGUUCCUCCCAAGAUAUAUGACAUUUCCCCUGACAUCACGGUAAAUGAGGGCAGCAAUGUGUCUCUCAUCUGUACAGCCAGUGGGAAACCUGAGCCAACCAUUACCUGGAGACACAUAACCCCAUUAGCCAGGAAGUAUGACAGUGGUGAAUAUCUUAACAUCACCGGCAUCACAAGGGACCAGGCUGGAGACUACGAAUGCGGCGCUUUAAAUGACAUCGCCUCUCCCGACACCAAAAGAGUAAAAGUCACAGUCAACUUUGCUCCAUCUAUCCAUGAGAUGAAGAGCCAUGGGGUUGGUCUGGGACGCACAGCCCUGCUAAGAUGUGAGGCUGCUGCUGUGCCUUCUCCAACAUUUGAGUGGUACAAGGGUGAAAAAAGGAUUAUCAAGGGUCAGGGCAUCGAAAUCAAGAGCCUCAGCUCCAGAUCACUCCUCACGGUGACCAACAUGACAGAGGAUCGUUACGGGAACUACACGUGCGUCGCCUCCAACAAGCUAGGGAUGGCUAAUGCCAGUGUGCCUCUCAUUCCAAUUAUUGAACCCACCACCACUAGUGCUGUCUCAAGCCCAGCGCCCAACACCGCACCCUAUGGGAGCACAGGAAGUGCGCACAUCCCGCUGGCCUGCCGGUACCUGGUCAUGGCUCUCUCCUCCUUCAUCAGCGUGUACUAGCAGAGGCCAGUCCAGACACAAUGACUGUCGAGAGCAUUUAUGAAUCCUUUUUGACAUUGCUGAUGGCUGGAAUCCAAUCUGGUACAGUUUGUUGAAAAGCUGUGGUGGGAAAAUCAGCGUUACUUUUUGUGUGGGGAAUUUUUUUUUUUUCCUUUUGCUUUUUUAAUUUUCUUAUUUGGUGAAAUUUCUGUCAUGUAAAUACUAUGAUGUUUUUUUAUUAUUAAUAUUAUUUCCCUUCUUAUUUUUUUUCUUUUCUGAUUGAUUGAUCACCUUGUGAAUCAGUGCUCAUCCCCAGCCCCACACCACCUCCAAUGAAACCAACAGCCCCCAAACCUCUCAAAUGAGUUACUUUCAUGCAUCUUUUCCCUGUGAUGCAAAAUUUACAUCUUCAUCCGUUUUUGUACAUGGCUAAAAAGAAGCAAUUGUGCAAAGUCUCUCAGUACAAAGAAUUACCAUACCAAUGUUGUAUUGAAUGUAUUACGGGCUGUUGAACAAAGGAAAGACAUUUAGAUUCCUAACAAUACAAUUUGGAGUGUGCUUAAAAAAAAAAAAAAACAGGAAAAAAAAACAUAAAAAAAAGAAAAUCGUAAAAAGGCAGGGCUUUUUCAGGAUCUGUAUUGUCACGAUUACUCAGUAGAUGGCUGAAGAGUGUGAAGAGUGUUUGUUGUAUCCUGAAAUGGGUCCUUCAGUUACUAUGCCUGCCUAACAGCUUCAAUCAGGCAGCCGUCAAAGUAGCAAAAUAUAUUGUAUCGUAUCUUUAUAUUUUAAUAUAGUGUAGGCUUUUGUUUUAAAGUGGGACCAGCUUUCCUCAUUCGACCAAGAGCAUUAACACAAACCAUGACUUUGUACAGUAUGAAGGGAGGAACAUCGCUGCCCUAUGUUUACAUUUUUCUUGAAAAUAUAAAUACAAAAGCAUACUCGACUUUUUUUUCUUUUUCUUUUUUUCCAGUGAGUCCACAUAUGUGAAAGACACAACAAAUUGUUGCAGUUAGGAAAAGGCAGAGCCCAAGUUCAACUGCUUUUCAGUUUGCAGUUGAAACACACCACCUCCAGUAGGCAUCGGGGCAGAGCCUUUUGUCUCUGAAUACACUGUGCACCUACUGAUCAUCUUUGGCUGAAAACUACAGCUCUGUACUGUAGGAAAGGUUUUUUUUGCCCCAAACUUUGGGUAUGAAACUUGGAUAAUGGAGUCUGGGAAAGCACCGUUCUGCAGCAUUGAAUUUUAUUCAUUUUUUUUUACUCCCUUUUCCAGUGCAGAAAAUUAAAUGCAGAAAUACUCCCCACUCACUUUUACAGUAAAUAUAACCUUUUUUGUUGUUGUUGUUUCCUUCAGAUAAAGAGCCAAAGCCUUUUUUUCCCCAAGUAUAUUUGGCUAAGUGUAAAAUCUACAAAGGAAAAGUACAAUAAUUGCACCUUCUGCUGCUUAAACCAGAGUUCUUUUCAUGUUAUGAUCAAGAGAACAUGAUCAUUACCAAACAAACAUGGCCCAAGGUGCUACCAGCCCCUCCAAGAUGAUCAAGGUUAACAAAGAGAUGAUCAGUGUCCAUCUGAGUUCACUCAAAAUUCAGUCACAGGCUUGCUUAAUAAUAGGAAAAACUGUAACUUUUUGCUCUCUGAAACAAUUUCAAGGCUCAAAAUCAGCAUUAUUUAAAGGGUUUGCUUUUUGAUGAGACUGUCAGCGUGGCAUAUUCAUCCUCACGUAUCUUUAAUUCAUGGUUGAAACAGAGAAACUGUACUGUAAUGCCUUAAUAGUACCAUAGACAUUAAAUUACCCUCUUUUAAAUGGACACCUUGAAAAAAAAAAAUCUCAAUAUGAUACAACUUAUUUGUCUGACAUAUUAUUGAUGACUGAAUGUUCAUUAGCUGACUUCUCUGUUAAAUUAGGCAUUACAUUCAGCCAAAUCCUACAGAUGGCACUUGCAGGUAUUUUCAAAUAAGUCAGUUGUACAAAUGCAGUAUUUGUGGUCCAGGUUAACACGUUCGGAUUUGGACUCUGUUGUGUUUUGCCCUACAGUCGAGGGACUAACAGUAUUCAAGUUCAGAGUAUUUUAAGAUGCGAACUUGUAACUGCAAAUCUAUAGAAAAAUAGCCAUCGCAGUUAAAAGACUUAAAGCACAAACAUUAUUAUUUGAAAGUUUUGUGGUGAUUUGUUUUAAGGUCUGCUGAACUUCUUUUUUUUGUUUUGUUUUUUUUUCUUUUAUUGUUUGUACUGAAGUUGUUAUCAGCUUGUUUUACAAAUUAUAAAAAUACUGCACCAUAUGAUCUUGUUUAAAUGUUAAGGUAUAAUGAAAAUGGGUCAGACGUAUAUUUAUUCUCUUCCUUUAUGAAAACAAUGUAAAAAGAAAAAAUACAUUUGAAACAUGUAAAACUGAAUAUGUGACAUUUAUUUGAAUGAGGCACAGUAUGGCAUAGUUUAUAAUGUUGUCUGGUUCAUUUAGAUGCCAUAACUGUUGUUGAUUUAAGUACAUUAAAAGAAUAAUGUUUGCAAUCAAAUGACCUACUUUUUGAAAGAGAGAGGGUGUGAACCAAUAUAACAGUAUUAUAGAACAGAAUCAAUGUGUGUAUAUUUGGAGAAAAUAUGAUACCUUUUGAUCUUUAGAGCCAGUGUGUAGUCAUAGUUUCACACACUUGCGUGUUUGACGAUGUGCAGAGAGUAUGGUUGUGCUGCAUGUCAAAGUUAACCUGUGUUUUUGAGGUGGGCAUUUUACAGAUAUUCAUACUUUUUAUGAAUGGAAGCAGUUUUUUCCAAACGUUUGGUUCAUAAACCUGGUCUUAAAAAUACAUACCUCUUACAGAUUGCCAGGCUAUGUUUGUUUGUGAUUUAUUUCAAUCAGCUUUGCUGAUAAACUAAAAACAACUGCUAUUCAGAGUCAUGAUGAUUAUUGUGGCACAUUGGUGACAGUCUGGAGUUAUGUUGGUUGCUUGUUAAGCAGUUAAAACCAUGCUAGUAUUCCAUAUGAAAUGUACUGGAUGUUGAUUAUUUUGAAUAAUGGUAUUAACAAGUCCCUUUUAUCAAAUCAAUAUUAUUUGCAAUAAAAGU